GUUUAUUCAUCUAAUAUGUUAAAUUGACUCAGCUGUCUUAGUUUUCUGUCUUAUUUUUCUUUGUUGAUGAGCGCAUUUUUUGUUAUGGUUUGUAUUGCUGAGUUUUCUGGUAGCAAAAGGCACAAAGAAAAUGUGAUGUGUUGUUGUCCUCUCUCCUGUAUGUUUUUAAAAAAAAUAUAUAUAUUUACAGGUUAAUAUUUACAGAUAUUGUGCAUAAACCAAGCAAAUAUAGCCUAGUAGUUUAUUGGCAUUACCUUACCUAACCAAGAAAAGUAUCAGAUUUUUUAUGAUGCUUUAUUGAAGGCAGUCUGUAGUAAAAUUGCUGUUCAGUAAGGCAAAACAGUUCAAUAGAAAUGCCUCAUCUAAGCAAUCAAAUUUGAUGUUCUAAAUUGAAAUGUUGAGGUAUUUCCUUAAUCUGAAUUAUUUGGAACACUAACAUAGACCAUCAAUAAUGGUGUCCAGCUUGUUGCCAGUCUAAUGCACCUCUGUAAUUUUUGACUGCUGUAGUGUUCCUGAAGUGUAUUGGCUUUAGCAAUUAAAAGAAAAUCUAAGUGAAGGUAAUGGAUGUGUCUAAUGGGCUUUUAUCAACGGAAACAAAAUCCAGACGAACUUGAGAGAGGAAAUGGAGUCGCCUAAGGCAACCGACACUACUGUUGCUACAUCUUUGGUUUGCUUGGGUUUAAAGUUGCUCCCAUUGGCUAUCUUGCACUUGUUCAGCAAAUGUGAUUGGCCUAGGAAUUAAUGAAUGCCAGAUGUCUUUUAUAAGUUUGACUGAGGCGUGUCGACGUAAUUUGGCAGGAGGGUCACAUUAAUUGAAAAUAUCAGCUGUUACCUGCAGUCCAAUGAACAGUAAUAUUUCUGCAUUGUUGUGUAUUUUUGAGGAUAUGUGUGCCCUCAGUAAUAUAUGGAGGAUAGUGAAUGUGUCGCCUGAUAUUGCUGGAGAAAUACGACGGUUGUGAUGUUGGAUUUUUCUUUAUAUUUUAAGAGAAUGCUGGAUAAACAAUUCCUGCCCUCGCACAAUGCACACUGGGAUUGGCUCCAGCACCCCCCGCGACCCUGCCCAGGAUAUGCGGCGCCAGAAAGGAUGCCCCGGAGGAUAAAGUCUUGUUUGUAACUGACCCCAGUUUGACGAAGGAGAGCACGACCCCGGACUUUGUUUGUGAAACCCCUGAACAGUUCUGGCCAUGUCGAAUAUGAACAAUGCCCUUUGUGUUGAGACCGGACAGGGCGCUGACGUCUCCCUGCUGCAGAAGGACAACCUUCAGCUGGACUCCAGUGGAUUAAACUCCGUUUUGGAUUACAAUGCGGAAAUGGAGAGGUACAGGUCCUUCGCCAACUUUUACAAAACCAACGGGGCGUUUCCACAGGCCGCCAAGAUCGCUCGCAUCACCACGCCGAUUUUUCCCAGCGCCCGGAUCGGCGUGUCCCCGUGGAACUGCGAUAACGCCAUGCUCUGGGGAAGGAAAUCAGCGGCAUUAAACCCUAAUAGGACCGCCGUGCACCGAAACGAGUCCCAGCGGCCGGGGAAGCCUGGCCUGCCGCCAGAGGCUCUGCAAAUGGCGAAUAAUAAUUUCCUCGGCGCCUUGUCCCCCGAACACUGCAGGCCGCUGGCGGGAGAGUGCAUGGACAAGCUGAAGUGCGGCUCGGCCGAGGCGGAGAUAAUGAAUCUCCCGGACCGCGUCGGGACGUUCUCCGCCAUUCCGGCUCUGGGCGGCAUCUCGUUACCUCCCGGGGUCAUCGUCAUGACGGCGCUGCACUCCCCCGCGGCCUCGUCGGCCGUCUCCGACAGCGCCUUUCAGAUCGCCAACCUGGCGGACUGCCCGCAGAGCAGCGCGUCGGCGUCCGGCGGCAACGCGGCGGCCAAGAAGAAGAGGAAACGGUGCGGGGUGUGCGCCCCCUGCAGGCGGCUCAUCAACUGCGGCGUCUGCAGCAGCUGCCGCAACCGCAAGACCGGCCACCAGAUCUGCAAGUUUAGGAAAUGCGAGGAGCUGAAGAAGAAGCCGGGCACGUCACAUGAGCGAGCGCCAGCCAAUGGGGGUGAAGCAUUCCGGUGGUUCUUCUAGGACUCUUACCCUCCACAGCAUUACCCAGAAAGCACUUGGGGGUCUGAAGGGGCCCAAAAAUCCAGCUUCUGAGAAGGAAAAAACGAUGUAAAUGAAAACAUGGUGUUGGUUUAACUCUGUAAUUUCCUUUUUCCGUGUAAUUAAUGUACCUUUUGACAGUAUCAUAAUGUACAGUUUGGUGUCAAUAAAUGUGUUUUAGUGUUGUGACUGUACGGAGAAACAGUCAUGCUAAUGUAAAUGACACAAAAGACAAUCAAGACAAAGAAACUUAAAAUGGAAAUGGCCACAGUGAUUAACAACCAAUUGCAACACAAUACACUUUAUAGAUCUGGAGCAAUAACCUUAAAAGUGACUACUGUACUCUUUUUUUUUUUUCAUUUUAUUGAUUUAUAUUGAAAUUGUGAAGUAUAUAUUUCAGGUUGUUCCCCUUUUGCGCUAUCUAUGUGUGGCCCAUGUUUUCGACACACUGCAGGAGCAAGCCCUCUUUAAUUAACGAGCUGCUUCAUAACUGGAAAGGCGCGAGAGGACAACUGCAGUGAUUCAGUUUGUUUAUUUUGUUUGCCAGUCAGCACGCUGCAGAGCAAGGCACAUUGUCUUGCAUGGCACGUCGCGGUUUUGCAGAGGAGAACAUAAUUACCCCCUUUCUCCGGUGCAAGACUUCCAGUCGAUAUAUAUUUUAUUGCACUGUCUACGUCUCAACGAGACGCUAAAAAUUGUUGAAAUACGUCAGCCAUUAAUGGAAGGAAAAAGCUGUAAUUAUGCUUAUUCUGGAUUAAUUAAUAAAGACUUACAUGACAAACAUAAAAUAGCCGGUGGGCCCUUCAAGAAUUCUUUUGUUGUCGCUUCAAAAAAAACUGUUGAAAUUGUAGGUAGAAAUACCACUAAAGGUAUUUCUUCUUUUUACACUCUAAUUUAGCAUUUAAUAUGGUAUAAUGGAUUGUAAUUUCCCGCUGCACAGAUGUACAUGAUUUGAAGAAAUGUGUUGAAGAAAAAAGUUAAGUACACAUUCCAAAUCAAUUAUUCAAUAAGUUACUCAUUGUCUUAACCCUAAUGUUGCAUGUAUAAAUGUGUUUUGGUUUUAAAGAUUAUCAAGAAUUUGUAUAUUGUUGUUGUGAUGCUUUUAUGUGUUAAAUAAAAAAAAGCUAAAAAAAAGUCAUUUGAUGUGAAUUAAUAAUGGAAAUAAAUUUUUACUCUCACAUGUACAAUUAAACAUUGACUAUGAUUACCAGA